AUGAACAACCUCUUUAAGAAGAUUACAAUCUUCAAGAAGAAGGACGCCAAAGGUACGCAUUCUGGGGACGAUGGAAGGACCUUCUUCCUUUCACUGCAUUUUGAACUCAUUUUUUGAUUUUUCUUUUGUUUUAUCCCUUGGUUUUAUUGGUGAAUAUGUCCUGGUCCUCUGGUCUCUUAGGUCUUCUCUUAGACUCUUUUCUGGCUUUCCUUGAUUCUAGCGCGGUUUUGGUUUCAAUGGAGUUGUGUUUCUUUGUCUCUGUGUAUAGCUACAGUUAGUCCUCAGAUCACGCUGAUGAAUUUUUCAGCCUGGGUUUUGUUGACGAUUCAUCGUCGUCUCGCCCCUUAAUGUGUCCGCUCUCGAUGGAUCUUCUCCCCGCUUAAUGAUUUCCUGUUGCAGUUUCUAUUCGACACUUCUUUGUUGGACGACUCUCUUUCUUGAAGGAUAAUUUUCUUCUCAUUGGCCACAGAUGAACUCAGGACGAGCAAGAGAGAAAUGACAGUGGCAACAAGAGGUAAUAAUGAUCUCCCAUCUCCGGGUUGUUCUCGUAGUCCUUUUUGUCUCAGCUAACAUAGCGGUUUCUUUGAAGAAAUACCAGACACGACGCCCGCGUAUGUUGUAUUAAUAACAGCUUAGGCUACUUCCUUUCAGGGGAGCACUUGCUGGCGUCACCAUUUUGUCACGCAGAAAAUCAUCGUAGACAAGCAACAAAGAGGAAAAGCCUGUGCAAAAUCCUUUUAUCCCUUAUACCACCCAGGAUUAUUACCCUAGGAGCGCCUAUAUAUUUUUAAUAACAUUUUAUACUUUUAGGAUAGUUGGAAGAAGAACACACUUUUUCACUAGCCAAGAGUUGUGUUUCCUUGGUAUUCCAUGUAGCUGUAGAACAUGUCAAAAGACGAUGCAUAUGAAAUUGGAAGUAGAUACACUCCUUUUUCACUAGCAACCGCUUUUCGUAUAUGAAGAUACAUUUCUUAGAAAUAACUUCUCAUCUAUCCGGAUGGUCAGGUAACUAAGGAAUUCUUUUGUGAUGUUGAGUCUAAAUCAUGAUGAUUGCGUGCUGUUUUAUAUAACUUUUCUUAGAGAACUUUUCUAUCGACUUUUUUGUUAAAAAGUAGUUUUAUGUGUCCUUAAAAAUAAGUAUAGAACCAUUUGAACGCCUUGUGAGAAAUUAAAUCACUCCUUAACAAAACAUAUUGAUUGCUUCAUGUGCGUCAAAUAAAGUAUUUAAGCUGUCUCGUGGAAAGUUCUCAAGGGAAAAUAAUGUCCAAAUUGAUGAAAUCUUUUUAAUUUUUUUCAAGUUAAUAUUUUUUGGUAAACGUAAAGAUUGUUUUAUUGGCAAAAAUAUUUUGGUUGACAGAAUGUUUCUUAGCAACCGUCAACAUUGAAAAUUUACUGCUAACAGUAUGUUGCCAAACUUUAAGAAUAAAGGAGUGAUGAAAAAAUAAUAAUGUGUACUCCUGCACCCAACCAUUUCAUCAGGCAAAAGGGUAUUGUUCUUGUUAUUGUCUUUUGGAUGUAUAGCGAUAGAGUGUUCAGGCAAGGCUUUGUUACUGAAGAAGAUCCUUGUUUUAUGAAUGACACGAAUUGAAUAUGAUUUAAAUAUUGUAUCAGAGUUUCUAAUACGCACUGAAGGCUAGCAUUAUCUGACUUGGGUUCUUCUUUUUGACGUGUUCAGGGAUUGAACGGGAAAUUGGUUCUCUUCAGUUAGAAGUAUGAAGAUAAUGGCCACUGUUUGAAAUUUUUCAUCAAUUUUUUUCACUGCUACAUCUUCUUAGACUGAAUCUAUCAUGACAGGAAAAAAAGUUGGUAGCUGAGAUUAAGAAGACAGCAAAAACCGGCAAUGAGGCAAGAUCCAUCAUUAUAAUCAUCCAUGAAUUUCUUUAUGUCUACAUAGAUUGAUUCUUCUGUUUGGAAAAAUAAAGUUCUCUUCGUGAUUUAGAUGUAAACCUGGAUUUCAGAGUGUCAUAUCUGUGUGACAUCAAUGAUUUAAAUAAGAAAAAAUAAAGCUCAGAACUAGCUUACUUUUUUCAGGCUGCCACGAAAAUUUUAGCUCGACAGCUGAUAAGAUUGCGGCAGCAAAUCACUAAUCUGCAGGGUACUCGUGCACAAAUCAGAGGCGUGGCAACUCACACACAGGUCAUAUUAUUAAAGCUUCACUUCGCAUUUUCUUACUCACAUCCUUCUUUCCUUGCCCUCUAUAAAACAUUUCUCUUUCUAAUUUUCAGGCUAUGUAUGCCAAUACUUCGAUUUCUGUCGGGAUGAAAGGUGCAAGUAAAGCCAUGGCUGCAAUGAAUAAAGUAUGUUUUUAUCAGUCUUAAUCCUGACAAAGCUUCUCCAUUCAUCAGACAAUCAUGUGUGUUUCAGAAGCUCUGCAUACAUGGAGGUUUAGUUUUGUCAUUUUUUAUUUUUUAUUUUUCUUAUGCAAUCUAUUGUGUAUUUCAGCAAAUGGAACCUGCAAAACAGGCCAAGAUAGUGAGGGAAUUCCAGAAGCAAUCAACACAAAUGGAUAUGACGGUAGGAGUCUAUUUUCAAUCCAGUAUUUCAAUAUUAUCAUGCCUGAUAGUCUAUUACCUAAAUAAUAUCAAUCAACACAUCUGAUAUUAAAAAUGUAUACGUUGGGAUAUUUCUUCAAUCCUGACAGGAUAGAAUUCUUUUCAAAUAAUUUACACAUGGAUGACGGCCAAUACUCCAAGUGGAUGGCAUUGUAUUCAUAUGAUCAGUAUGAUCUCAUUGUAUCAAUCAACACCUUUCAAAUGUGUUUCAUUUAUCUCAAUCUACGAGCUUGAUCUCAUUGUUCCAUAUCAUUUUGAGUGUUUCUAUGUUAUCGCAAUUGCCUUGUAAAGCAAAGAAAAUGAGAUCAAGCUCAUAAAACAAAUGCUAAACAGUACCAAUCGGAUAAAAGAGAGGCUGUUAUGCAUGUAAUUGUGUUAUUGUUCUUGCAUGUAAAGUAACGAACGAAAGAAUCAACAAAAAGGUCGGUGACUUAUGAUCUCCAAGGAGAUUACAGUUCGUUAUGCAGGAAACAAUGCACAAACAACUGCAGAGGGAGAAUCAUAAUAGAGAAUGAUAGAUAUGGUUAGAAAUGACAUUAUGCUAAUUUAUAGUAGCUAUAAAUGCUAUCUGUUUGAAUAAAGUUGAGAUGUUUUGAAGUCUAUAGGAUCAUAUGUUCUUUAUCCUCAUUACGCUAAUUGAUGUACCAUUUAAGAUAAAUCACAGAUCUUGUGUAUGUGGAUAGGAUAGGCUUGAAAAGGACAUCUCAUUGAUGAACCAUUAAGGAUGUUGGUCCUAGCAUAUGUAAUGUGAAUUCUUUUUCAAUUGUCUUUAACUUGUAUCCUUUGUCCAUUUUUUAAAGAUUAGAGAUUAACAUAUUAUUUUUUUAUUAUAUUCAGUUCUCUCUAAUGGCCUAUUAAUGACUAGGAUUUUUUUAGUUUAUUUGGAUUUAGAUUGUAUCCAAGAACAUACGUUAGUGUUAAUUAUUUUCUUUUGAAGGAUCACUUAAAAUAAUGAUGUCACAAACAUUGAGGUAUCUAAGUCCUUAGAUAAUUUAUCGGAUGGAUUUCAUAUAGAGAGUCAAUGGGAUAGAAGUUCAUUUGAUCGUCUCAUAGGAUGCAUCUCAUAAAGAGAGUCAAUGCAUCUCGCAUAGAUGAUGCCUAGUCAACUUAGGCUGAAGCUUGUUUGACAAUUUUUUGGGCUAAUGCACUCUUGAGAAUUGUUUUGAUUGAAGCUUGUUUGACAGUUAUCUUGGUUAAAAUCUAUUUGACAAUCUUUCGAGCCAAAAAUUGUUUGGCAACUUUUAGACAAAAGCUUAUUUGAUAAUUUUUUAUGACUCCUUUGAGAUGAAGCCCAGAUGACUUUUAAAGCUAAACAUAAUUUGACAAAUUUUUAGGCCAAACCUCAUUGAAUAAAAUUAUAUGACUAAAACUCGUUUCACAAUUUGUGAGAUGAAUCCCAUUUGAUGACUUUUUAGGCUAAAGAUAAUUUCAUACUUCCAAAGGUUGAAGUUUGUUUGAGAACUUUUGGUGUGCUUCCAAUGGCUUGGACUAUUGGGCUUCAAAAAACUCCAUGUAAUAUGUGGAUGAUAAGCUUGCAAUUCACUUUGAUAUUUGGCAAUCCAACCAAUACUAGGUUGAUCAUUGGUCAAAUGAGUCACUAGUCACAAGGCUCACAUUGCAUUGAGGAGAACAUUAGUAAUUGGGUUGUUUACUAGAUGCAAGGUUCACAUUAAGUCAAAUGUGCUACUAGGUAUGUGGGACACAUAGCUAUAUCAUUUAGGAUCAUAAGAGCGUAGGCUUGGGCUUCGUGAAUGCGUACAAUUUCAGAUGAACCUUGUGUGGCUUAGGCUUCGUAGAGCAAUGUGAAAAAGGUGACAGGAUUGCCACUUAGAAUGAGAGCCUCAUGGACUAGUGGCAAUACCUAGCAGAUCAGACAAUGCAAUGCCUGUGUGUGCAAGAGAGAUAGUAGUUUGACUGUGUUCUAGCACAUUUGAAAGAGUCGAUAUGACUGAAUGAGGGAAAUGGAACGUUCAUUUGAAACCCUUCAAUUUUCGUAGAGAGAAGUCUGAGAGAUGAGUGAUGCAAAAUGAAAAAGAACUUGGGAAACAAUUAGCAGGGUUCCUGAAAUUGUUGACUAUUCGGUGCAGAGCCCUAGUUCUAAAAUCGUUUCCUCUGUCAGUAUAUUGUCAUCAGGACGGACUCAAACAGGGGAGAAGAAGAGCGGUUCUUGAUGAGCAGAAAAUGGGUCCGGAUGGAGACUUUUAGUCCUUCCGAUCCAACAAAAUUUCUCAACUCCCUGGAAUGCGUCCAACUUAUCACGUAAUUUGGCUUUCUUGUCGCCAUGCCAAUACACAUUGUAUCCUCAAAAUAGUGACUAAAUUCAACAUGUACACUCGAACGCCAAAAGAUAUGGUCCAAUGCAAAAAGUUGACAUUCUCAUAAAGUAAAAGCCCGCGGAAACUAUGCCAAAGAUAUGCAAAACAUUUCUUUUCACGAGGAAUCUGUGCCAGACACUAUCAUCUCCGAGGUACUCCCCGCUUGUUAAAACUCUCUCUGGGUUAUCCCAGUGUAGAAUUGGGUGGGCCCCUGAGUUUUCUCAAAAUUGUAGCAAAAAAGAAGAAAGAAAAAAAUGAUUCAUCAAAUUGUGUAUCUAUCAAAUACCUCCUCUCUGAGUUUGCAUGCCCUUGCAGAUGGAGAUGAUGUCUGAAGCAAUUGAUGAAACUCUGGACAAAGAUGAGGCUGAAGAAGAAACGGAGGAGCUCACUAACCAGGUGAUGAUGCACUCUUCCUUUCUGUUUUAGGUUGGAAGAAGUAGUGACAUUGUACAAAAUGGAAGACCACCUUAUGUACAAGAGUAUUACAAUGAAAUUUAUUGUGACCGAGAGUUUUGUCUUCUCCAGGUACUCGACGAAAUUGGAGUGGACAUUGCUUCACAGGUACAUUGUGAAAUCAAAAUGUUUCCUGAAGUAAUAAAAAGCCAAUUAAUAUAAAUAUAUCUGGGGACAGACUAAUCUGAAGUUUUCACCUCUUCAGUUAUCAUCAGCUCCAAAAGGUCGGGUUGCAACAGCCAGGAAAGCUGAGAAUCUACAAAGGUGAAAGAGCGACGACCAACAUUAAUAGUAUUGAAUGCGCUUUCCAUGCUUAAGCUGUUUGUUUUCAACCUCUCUCUCUUAAUGUGUUGAAUGGGCAGUUCAACUGCACCAGCAGCCCCCGAUGUUGAAGACUUGGAGAAGAGGCUGGCAUCUCUGAAGCACAUGUGA